AUGAGAUUUUUUAACGGAUCAAGUUUUUCUACCAACAACGGAUUUAUGGAUAGCAAGAAUCUUAAGAACUCCUCAAUAUUUUCUUUUGAUGAAGAGGAAAAAAAAACUGCAAGCAGGAGUUUUUUAAGUUCAUUAUUAUCUAAACGUAUGGUUAUACCUAUGUUGGGUGUUCUCUAUGUUGUCUUAUUGAAUGUAUGCUUACAGAAUGGUAAUACAUCCUCAAAUAUACAAUUCCAUAAGAACGUAGGAAGAAGAAUUUUAUCAGAAGGACAAUCUACAGAUGAAUAUAGUGAAUCCAGUUCUGAAUAUGUUGAAAAUCCAGUUAUAGGUAGUACUUUUAUGUUACCAAAUGAAAAUCCAUUAAAUAGCAUUGGUAAUUUAUUUCAAGCAGAUAAAUAUAAUGUAUUAGAAGAUACUCAAAAACUAAUUGAAGAUUUAAAUAAAUUUAAAUAUAACAGUAACUAUAGUACAAUCCCACAUGCUGAAAAAUAUAAUCCUGUUGAUUAUAACAAAGCUGAUUAUGUAUUAGAUAAAUAUAUUGAUAACUUAGGUUACUGCAAAGGAGAUACUAUUAAAGCUAUGCAAAUUAUAUGGGAAGCUACUAUGAACAAUGAAAGAAGAAAAUUUGCUUCUACUAAACGUAGCAUGUACAGAUAUUAUGACGAUUUAAGACGUAAAAGAAUAAUAAAAAAUGAUAAUUAUGCAAGCAAAUUAAAUAGAUGUAAUAAAAUUAUAGAAAAUGCACAAAAACAAAUUGAAUCUCAUUUAAAUGAUAUGUUCAAUAAAUGGUUUAGACAAAAAAGUUUAUUCUUAGAUGAUUUCAAUAGAUUAAUUACUGCAUGCAGAAUCGGAUGGAAAACUGUAUCUAAUGCUGUACAACACCAAUGUGAUACCACAAUGCGUAGUAAAGAUUUUGUUGAUUUAUAA